GGCGGGUGGGAAGGGGCGGACGUUGAGCCCCUGUAACCGUCGCUUAGGGUGGUUGUUUCCCUCAGUGGAGAACGCCGAGCUCAGCCCCGGUUCUCGCUGCUCCGCGGAAGUGCCUCCUGCCCAGCCCGGGAGGGCAGGCGCCAGGAAUUGCAUUUGGAAAAUGCCAAGCCGGAGGUUUGCUGAUGGCGAGGUGGUGAUGGGCCGUUGGCCAGGAAGUGUCCUGUACUACGAAGUACAAGUGACUGGUUACAAUGAUGUUUCUCAUCUUUACACUGUCAAGUACAAAGAUGGGACUGAACUUGCAUUGAAAGAAAGUGAUAUAAGGUCACAGUCAUCAUUCAAGCACAGGAAGAGCCAGUCCUCUUCAAGUUCUCCCUCCAGAAGAAGUUCUAGCAGAUCUCGAUCUAGAUCUCCUGGUCGGCCAGCAAAAGGGAGACGUCGUUCUUCUUCCCAAAGCAGAGAAUCUAAAGAUGAGAAAAAGAAAACCAUUCAGGAAACCAACUUAGCUCUAUUGAAAUCAGGUGAGAAUAACACCAGAAGGUACAAUGGUGAACCUGACAGUACAGAAAGGAAUGACACAUCCUGCAUAACCUUGGAGCAAAAGUUGAAACCAGAUGUGGAAAUUGAGCGUGUGCUUGAACAGUACAACUUGCGUCCAAGAAAAGAAGAAAAGAAGAAAGAGGAGAUGUAUUCAGAGAAAAAGAUUUUUGAGACAAUAAAAACAAUUGAAAAACCAUCAUCAAAAAGAGAGGAACUAGAGUUUGGUGGAAGAAUUGGGACCUUCAUGUUGAUAUUUUUCCUGCCUGCUACUGUGUUCUACUUACUGUUGAUAUGCAAACAAGAUGACCCCAGCCUUCUGAAUUUCCCUCCUCCUCUCCCAGCACUUGAAAGUCUUUGGGAGCCCAGGGUGUUUGGUGUUUUUCUUCUGUGGUUUUUCCUUCAAGCUCUAUUUUACUUGCUGCCAAUUGGAAAGGUUGUAGAAGGCCUGCCUCUUUCAAAUGGAAAGAAACUUCAUUACCGGAUAAAUGGGUUUUAUGCUUUUAUGUUGACUGCUGCAGCUAUUGGAACUUUAUUAUACUUUGAAUUUGAACUUCAUUAUUUGUAUGAUCACUUCAUGCAGUUUGCAGUGUCAGCUGCAGCUUUUUCUCUGGUGUUGAGCAUUUAUCUGUAUAUUCGGUCUCUGAAAGCACCUGAGGAAGAACUAGCACCAGGUGGAAAUUCUGGGUAUUUUGUGUAUGAUUUUUUUACUGGACAUGAAUUAAACCCACGAAUUGGCAGUUUUGACCUCAAAUACUUCUGUGAGUUGCGUCCAGGAUUAAUUGGCUGGGUUGUUAUAAACUUGGCAAUGCUCUUGGCUGAGAUGAAGAUACACAAUCUAAGUGUGCCAUCUCUGUCUAUGAUACUUGUAAACAGCUUUCAGCUGCUUUAUGUGGUGGAUGCUCUUUGGAAUGAGGAAGCUAUUUUGACUACAAUGGAUAUUACCCAUGAUGGAUUUGGAUUCAUGCUGGCAUUUGGAGAUUUGGUGUGGGUUCCAUUUGUCUACAGCCUACAGGCGUUCUAUUUAGUUGGUCAUCCUACUGCAAUUUCUUGGCCUGUAGCUGCUGCAAUUACUUUACUGAAUGGUAUUGGUUAUUACAUAUUCCGUAGAGCCAAUUCUCAGAAAAAUAAUUUCCGAAGGAAUCCAGCAGAUCCCAAAUUGGCCUAUCUGAAAUUCAUACCCACUGCAACUGGAAAAGGGCUUCUUGUCACAGGUUGGUGGGGUUUUGUUCGUCACCCUAAUUACCUUGGUGACAUCAUCAUGGCUCUAGCAUGGUCCCUGCCCUGUGGUUUCAAUCACAUCUUGCCAUAUUUCUACGUGAUAUAUUUCAUCUGCUUGCUUGUUCAUAGAGAAGCUCGUGAUGAACAUCAUUGUAAGCAAAAAUAUGGGUUGGCAUGGGAAAGGUAUUGUCAGCGCGUACCAUACCGCAUAUUUCCUUAUAUCUACUAGAGCACUCCAGAUGCCUGAUUUGCAAAUUACUUAAGUUAGAUUCUUUGCAAAUAAAAACAUACCUCUUACCUUUGCACUUGGUCUAUUUGUUAUUUAGGCUUUUUUUAAAAAACUACAAAAAAGUGACCACAGUGGAGUGUAUCAACAGGUAUUUAAAAAAGUCAUCUUGAAUACAUGAGUUAUUUGAACUGUUUGUGACUUCAGUUUAAAAAAAAUAGUGAAUUUCCAAGUCUUGGAAGCCCUAACUUUUCAAGUCAAGUCUUAUUUAGAAUCCUGAGUUUUUCUUUUCAUUUAAUAAAGCACUGUGAUGUAAAGUGUAUUAUUUUCUUAAAACAAUAAAUACAGAAAUGCCAUCCAGUAAUUUUUGGUGUUACCUGUACCAUCUAAUUUUAGAUUGACUUAUUGCCAGAAUUGGAGGAGCAGUUGAGUCUUUUUGGCCAAUGGAGCUGGAAGCAAAGGAUUCAGCCCACAUGAAGGGCCUGUACAGCCCCAAAACUGGCAAUGCUCAGCUGGGUGGUUGUCCCACUCCUGUUUUUUUAUUAAUGGGAUUUUUUUGCUUAGGAGGGCUCAUGUGACCUCUCCUGCCCUAUGGCUGUAGGAGAGAUGAAGGAAUGGGAUUGGGAGGGGAAACAAAAAGGAAUGACUCCCCUCCCAACUCAUCACCAUGUUCUCAAGGGAACUUCAGCACAUACCAAGAGGGACUCUAGGCUGCUCUCUGUCAGCACACCUGACCCUAGAGAGAUGCCACUCUUCUGGCAGAAACUCCUCAAUACAAAUACUUCUUUCAGCUGUGGGCAGGGCAGUGGGAGUAAGUAGUGAACCCCAAUACUGCAUUGAGCAUUCAAAACUGGACAGCAAAAGAUGCAGUGUAUGCAUAUUAUACAGAAAAGAACAAAAUUACCACAGUUUGAUUAUUUCAUUUUUGUAAAUUAUGUCUUCAUGUACCAUAGCAUUUACUCAGUGUGUAUAAUAAAGCCUUCAUGUUUUUUCUGUACAGUCUUUAGAUUUGGAAAUGUGGUAGUUCUUUUAUAAACUGGAGAAAUCAGUAACUAAAUCCAUUUCCAGUAACUGAAAAAAAAAUUGAAUGUUUUUAUAAAUAACCAUACUAAUUCUUGAAACAAUUGAAGUGUUCAUUUAAAUGUCUGUAUUGACAGAUCUGCUAUGAAAAUACAGAAAAUGCUCCUUAAUCCAAAGUUGUUGCUUUUUUAAUUUGGCAUUGCUACCUCAUAUGUAGGUUUUGCCUUUUGUACUGUUGCAGAUAGAGAAAAUAGCUAUUUUUUUGCUAUUGCUAUUUAAAACAAUGUUUUUUACAUGAGCCUGUGAUUGAACUUGACCACUUUCUAAUAUAUUUUUGUAUAUAUUUACUUUUUAACUAAGGUAUGUGUUCUUGUCACUAGUUGUAUUGUCUUAACUAGCUGUAAAUUAGAUGCCCCUGCAGUAUUUACUUCGUAAGUAGAAUAAUUUUGCAUUAACUAGCGCAACUGUAGCUUUUCACAUAAUUCAUACCAUGGGGUUUUUAGCACACAUUGUCUCAAAGGAGCUUAUUACAAUCUUACACCAGUGCAGGUUCUUCUACAUGUGCUUACAGGAAGGUUCUUACGAAUCUGAAUGUUGCUAUUAUUCAUCAAUUAUUUUCUGUUUUUUAAAAUGCUGAUGUAAUUGAAAUCUACCAUGUGAAAUAUUGUUUUUUUUUAAUAAAAGAAACCUAUUUUGUACACAGACAUUUUACAGGUAAUUGUACAUCUGAAUUGUAUAUAAUGUAGCUUUUGACAGUGUCAUCAGAAAAUGUGUGCUGGUGUUGUAAGGAAAUUGUUUUAAGACAAGUACUUCAGUUCUUUGAAGAAAAUGGCCUGUAACAACAAUGAAGAGCAUUUACUCCUGUGAAGUAGCAGAUUAAACUGGGAUACUUAACAGUGGUUGCACAAUUGAUUAACAGGAGAGAGCAAUCACUUAAAUUUUAAGCCCAUGUCUUAAAAUACAGUGAAGGGACAGUUUAAGUCAUCCUAUAAACUAGGAGAUGCUACUGCCAUCCCAGUUUUAUCUGUUGCUGCAGGAGGUUGGUAAAUGUAAUCUGGAGCUUUUGUCUUUCAGAAACAGAUCUUGACCAGUAAUAACUUGUUUAUUUACAUUCUAAGUUUUAUGUGAAUUUGAAGUAAUUGUUUUUAAAAACAAGCCUAUAAAUAAAGGAUUUUUUUUCUUAAGAUUAA